AUGGACGGGAAGAAGUACGACAUCCUGCUGCUUGGCAGCACGGGCUACACCGGGCAAAUGGUAUUGGAAUAUUUUUUGAAAAACUACCAAGGGGGGAUCUCCAGUGGGGAGGUAAAACUCCUCUGUGGAGUGAGAAGUACAAAAAAGUUUAGUGACAUUUUGUUAAGAAUGAAAGAAAAGGAAGGUGUCACAUGUAGUGAAAAGAUUAACACAAAAGAAUGCGAUGUGGGUAACUACGAUUCGAUUUUAAGUUGUUGCAGUAUGUGCAGAGUGGUCAUCAGUACAGUGGGUCCCUAUGCAACGUACGGGUAUAAUAUUGUUAAGGCGUGUGUGGAAGGAAACUGCCACUAUGUAGACGUGUGUGGUGAGCAUACGUUCAUGUUGAAAAUAUACAAGGAGUUCAACGAAAUUGCUAAGAAAAAAAAGCUCAAAAUUAUUCACGGCGCAUCGUUCAUUUCAGCCAUUAGCGAUUUGGGGACAUUUAUAAUUCAAGAGGAAUUUUUAAAAAGGUACAAACAGCCAUGUCCAUAUAUUCGUGUAAGACUCUCCGCGGAAGGCAGUGAGUUCAGAACGGUAGGGAAAAGCACCAUAAAAAGUAUUUUGCAAUUCAGGAAGGAUGUUCAAAAUGACUACAAUGAACAUUACUUGUGUGAAAAUAAAUAUGAGAAAGUGGUGAAUGAUGAAGUGAGUUCCUAUUUACUAGAAAAGGAAAAUAAAAAAAAAUCAUUUUUUGACUAUGAGAAAGAAUUUGGAUACUGUUUUGGGACAGUUUAUUCGGCAGCGGAAGAAACCUACGUUUUGUAUGGGAAAAACUUGAUUGUGAGUUAUCAGCAGUAUGACGCUCAUUUGACGACUCCCAUGUACAUUUUGAGGAAAAUGUUAUCAACUGUGAAGAAUAUGUUUAACAGCGUCGUGGCGUUUGCGCUGAGGCCGUUUGGUUUGGGCAACUAUUUGGCGAGCAAGUACGUGGACUGGCUACACACGCCAAAGACGGCGGCUGAGUUGAGGAAGGCUUUUUGGACUUGCGCGGUGGUUGGGCAAUCCUACGUGGGGGUAAGCAAUUCUUCGGAGGACGCGAAAAGGGGAAAGGGCCCUGCGGAGGGUGCCCACUCGAAGAGUGGCAACCAGGAGAGGAAGAUCUUCCUCCACUUGAGCGGAAAGAAUGAAGACCCGGGAUAUCUCCUAAGCGCGAAAAUCAUAUCGGAGUCGGCGCUCUCGCUAUUGGAGUCGACCUUACCCGAUACCUUUGGAGUCCUUUCCGUGUCGGUUGGCCUCGGCCAAGUCGUGGUGGAGCGGCUCCGAAAGGCCUCCCUCGGCAUGCGCAUUGAGGUGUGA